AAAAAAAAAACCCAGCUGCAUCAGCUUAUUUUCAACGCCAACAACAGAAGCGUGCUUGCUUCGUUGCUUGGUUGGUUCAAUUGUAUCAGUAUAUACUCAGAAGCCAUGAUAUUAGUUGAUGGCAUUCCAUUUUCUACCCAUUCAUCUCACCCUCAGGGAAAGGAUAUUCUACUUGAUUUGUUGGAAAAUCCCAUUCUGGUAUCAGCCUCAAACUCUUUGAAGGCUAACUCAGAGAGGAAGUUCUCAGUAUCUGAUGAGUCUAGUCCAGAGAGAUCAAAAUGGGUUUAUAUAUUCCAGAGAGAAUAUGCUACCGUUGACCCCGCCCUUGUUGAUUUUGUUGGCACCGAUGAAGCAACAACGUGUGUUGGCCUUGUUAUUCGGAACCAAAAGAAUGGAAUGACGUCAGUUGCCCAUAUGGAUUCACCAAAAAUUGUAGAAAUGGGCCUCUCCCAAAUGUUAUCAUCACUCGUCGACAACAGUUUGGAGACUGAGUUUGAUGUGCAUCUUAUUGGGGGGUUUGAAGAUGUCUCACUGCAACAUGCUAAUGGUAGCACAGUAUCAGAAAGCCCUGCAGAUUUGGAUGGUUAUUCCUUUCCUCUGUGUUUAAAGAUUGUUCACACUUUAUGGUCAAGAGAGGAGAAGUUUCACAUCCGAACUAUCUGUGUUCUUGGACAUAAUACCAGAAGGGAUUCUGAUGGAAACACAUACCCCUUUUUCAAUGGAUUUGUGGCGGAGACUACAACAGGAAUCAUCAUCCCAGCUAUCUUUGAUAGAACUUCUAGAUGUCCAGAUGAAAUUGUCAGAAGAAUACGAGUAUCCGUGUCUUAUGAAGAUGCCAACUGGAACGGAAAGUUACUAGAAACAUAUGAUUGUGGCAUUGACUGUUUCAAAAUCGCUCCUUGUCGCUGGACUCUUCGCCAAAAUCAUAUUGCUUCAUCACUUCUGAACUAUUCUGAUUCCGAAAUUCUUUCAAUCUGUUCUACAUCACCUACUGCUGAAGCCCCAGAUUUUGUGGAGAAUUUAAAAAGGCAGUGGAAUUAUUUGAUCGAGCAUCCACACUGGACAGAAACCUUUCCCAAGAAGCAGCCUCGCACUUUUGCAAGGAGUUCUUCUGAUGGAAGGUGGAUAAGGUGUUGAUGACAUUCCAAGGUUGCUUAGGCCAAUCCUUGUCAAUAAUUAGAUUGCCUUAUUAAAAUGGUCAUCUCUCAUUAAACGUUUCAUUUCUCAUUCCUGUUAAGUUAUCAAAUUGCAGCCAUCUUUAGUUUUGAACUAAUAUGAUAUUUAAUUAUCAUUGUGCUGAGAAAAAUUUCUGCUAAGGACAACACUAGGAACAUGGUUAAGCCAGAAGAACCAUGAAAACCAUAAGCGAAACAGAAAUGGCGUGAAGAUUAGUCACUAUUCCAUGGCUCUUGUCAAAAUUGAAAAACUCUAUCAUAAGCAUGGGAUGUAGCGUUCUAGUCAGAGAAAUGAGAGCAACAUGUUCUCUAAUACAUUCUUUCAAACACAAGUUAUCCCAGUGAUUGAAAUUUAUUAGGACUUACUAGUACAAUAUUAUGCGUGUCUCACUUCUUUUGAACGAGUACCAACAAAUUCCAGCUAAUGGAAGUGUCGAAAAGUUUGUAUUGAAGAUUGUGUUAUUCUUUUUCCAACAGUAUUGUGCACGUUUGCACAAUUUCCACUUUCCAUUGACAGUUGGUCUCACACCAUUUUCUA